AUGUCUCGGGUCGACAAGGAGCUCUGGACAGAGGUUGUGCUUAAGAAUGACCUCGAGUCACUGAUGACUCAACUUAAUAGCAUCCCUGACCGAGUGCAGGCGUGGAAGAAGUUAGCUGCGCGUUGUGGUGCAGAUGUCGCUUUAUCACUCGUCCGCAUUCACUGCUUUGGAUCUGCGAACGAUAUGAUGAGCUUCAUCCUCAUCCUCUGGGAGCUCUUGCCUAAGCAGGCCGGCGCCACGAUCGCCGCCACUGUUGCAGCAAACUCCAGGUGGGCCGUGCUGGGAAGUGACCACGAGGACUUCUGCCGCUGGAUCAUUACUCUCGCACUCAGAGAGGGAAUUCGAGUGACCAGUCGGCAGAUCGAACAGACCAUAAAGAGAUUCGUCGAGCUCAAUCGCCACGAUUUGGAGGGGCUUGUAAGCAAUGACAUCUAUUAUGUUUGGAACCAUGGCCCGAAGUUUGGUGGGGGAUUUGAUUGUCGGUACUGCCCCCUAAUCACUAGAGGAGGAGGUGCAACCCGCUUUAGGGAGCACCUUGGAGGUAUACCAGGUGAUGUGAGGGAGUGCCCUAAUGUUCCAAGAAAUAUUCAUGCUGCAAUGAGGGAAUCCCGGGAUGACUCAAUGCGGAAGAAGAGGGAAAAGAAAAAUCGUAGAUUUCGUUUGGAAAGGGAUAUCAUGGAAGGGUUGUACCACGGAGAAGGGGUGAUAAAUAUUGAAGAUGAUGAGGAAGAGAUCCAGGCCGCACUUCGGGAGACACUAAGAGACAAGAAUGUCUCUCGCGCAGUUGAGAGGAGGCGUGGGAGUGGCAGUGGUGUUUGUGUGUCUCUUGGGAAACAAAGUAUCACAUCAUACUUUGACAAGGAAUUGUCGAGCAACAAAGUAUCAAUGCAGCCAAAGAUAAACACUGCUUUGAAUGUUGAGUCAAAAGAUGUACUUGGCCAAGCUUGGGCAAAGUUUUUUCAUGCUAAUGACAUUGCUGGUCUGAAAGCAAAUUUUUCCUAUUUUCGUGCGGCUGUCAAGAUAACUCAAAACCUUGGCCCAGCUCCCGUUCCAACUGCCAAGGAGAUUGAUGGGAUAUAUUUGGACAAGAAUUAUGAAGAAGCUGAGCAGUGGCUGAAGAUGUUUAAGCAAGACUGGAGGAACUAUGGUGUAACUGUGAUGUGUGACUCAUGGACAUGGCCUACUGGUAUGAGUCUCAUCAAUUCCAUGGUGUAUUGCAAUGCAUGGAUGUUCUUUCAUAAAUCCAUUGAUGCUUCUGGUCAAACUCAGACUUCAACACUUACAGGGAAUGUCGUGGGAGGUUUGGCUCAAGGUUGGCACGUUCAUUUGCAGAGAAAAUGUCACCAACUGAGUGGUGGUUCCAAUUUGGAGGGGAAGUUCCUAAUCUGCAGAAGUGUGCCUUGAGGAUUGUAUCACAAUGCGUUUCGUGAAGUGGUUGUGAGAGGAA